AUGGUGACCAAGAAUAGUGGUAAAACCCGGGGUCUCUGCGAAGUAAAGAGAAAACAGCUCGGUCAUACAGAUCAAAGCGCGGCAACGGUUUCUAAGCAGGAGACGGCAGAGUUAGUCGGGCUCAUCAAGAAUAACGGUUCCACGGUAUUCCUGAAUGGCCAUCACCACCUAACUUCGCAGUACGCGAACGAGAUCUAUCUCCUAUUCGCAAAGGCGCAGGUGUCAUACCAUGAAUACCUCAAAAAGGGAGCAAUUGGUAAUGAUGACUUCUUAGUCAUCCAGAGAUGUGGCCCCUGGCGGGUGAACGAUCCUGCCUGUAUGGAGCAAUUGGCUGUCAUCAUCUUAGCCAUUGUUUUGCUGGCGGACAAGGCUCGAUUCGUUAGUUGA